AUGGAAAUUAAUAAAAAGUUGAAAGAACAUAUUGUUUAUAUUAAAGGAAAUAUUCGUGAUACUGUAGUAAGUUUAUCUAAUCAAAAAACAAUAUGGAAAUACUUUUCAAAAGAAUGGUGUUUUUAUCAUAACACAAACAUUAAAUCUAACACUUCUGAAUAUUGUCCGUUUGGUAAGUUAAUUGGUAAAUUUAAAACAUUAAGACAAUUUUGCCAAUUAUGGAAUAUAAUUUCAAAUACUAAACAUUGUUAUAUUAACCAUCAAAUUCAAAUAUUUGUUAAUGGUGUAAUUCAUGAAUUUAAUGAAGAAAAUGUAGAAGGAGGAAAAUUUACUGUUGAGAUUGAAAAAGAAUAUAAAGACGGAUUGUUUCAAUUAGUUAUUGAUGGUGUCAUUUGCAAAACAAUGAAACAUUCAUUUUUAAUUCAAGGAAUUAGUUUAAUGCAACAAGAAAAUAAAUACAAAAUGAGUUUAUGGGUAUCUUAUCUUGAAGGAGAAGAACAAGCAGAUGUAUUAAACGAAUUUAAUCUUCUUAUAUUAAAAAGUGGUAGUAAACAAACAGCUCAUUAUUAUUCUCAUUCAACAUUAUUCUUUAAACCAUCAACAGAAGAAUUACUUACACCAUUAAAUUCAUUAAAAGAAAGUAUUCAACCAAUAUCAUUAUCAGAAAUAUUAAAAUUAGAUUUAAAUGGUGGAUGGGGAGAUCAAUGGAACCAAAUGCAAAUGGACAACAAAGGAAAUGAACAUGACUUUAAAAAUAAGAUAGGGUCAUUAGUUCAUCUUCUAAAGUGUAGUGGGAUUAUUAGUCAAAAAACUAAACAUAAAGAAAUUGGGGUGAAAGAAGGCACUCAACUUACAGUGAUUAAAAAAAAUGAAGAACAAAAGAAAAAAAGAAGGACUUCAUUACCAAAUGCUUUACCAUUCAAAAUCAAUGCCACACCAUUUAUUCCAAAAAGAAAAAGAAUAGAAAACACCAUAAAUAAAGAAGAUAAAAGUGAAGAAAAUACGAGUGAAUUGGGUUAUGCAUCUGAAAUCAUUGGAACAUCAGAUUUAUCUGAAAUAACAAAUGAACAAACUGACACAACUUCUAUUGAAGAAAGUGAAGAACCUUACCAAGUUAAUAAUAAAAUAGAUAACAAUAAUAUAAAUAAUACUAAUAAUGAAAUUAAAGAAGAAAACCAUACAAAACAAGAACAUCAUAUAACUAAAUCAAAUUCAUUACAAUCUGAUAGCACUUCUUUUAUUCAAGACAAAGAAAAUAAACAGAGAGAAAUUAUAAAAACAGAUAAUAAUGGUCAUGACAAAAUAGAGAAAAAAAGAGAAGGAAACAAUGAAAAGAAAAAAGAACAACACCACAAAAAGCUAAGUGUUGAAUCAAUUAAACCAAAAGAAGUAAAAAAAGAAGAAACCAUAAAAACCAUAACACCUCUUUUAUUAGAAAAAGAAAGUAAAAAGAAAAGAAUUAAAAGUACUACAGCAGAUAAAGUUGGAACAUAUCAUAAAAUAAAUAGAAAAGAUUCUUUCAACGAAAUAACUCCAAAAAUUAAUCAACCAAACAAAUUCCCUAGUAUUGAAGAUUCACAAGAAAAUAAUUUACAACAAGAUGAUGUUAUAAUCACAGAAGGAUUAAAAACAAAUAAUACUCAAUCUCAACGAAAAAAAAAUUAUAAAAAGAAUUAUAAGAAGAAUAAAAUACAUAACCAAGUAGACAAUAAUAAACAAACACUUCUUUCAAUACUUGUUUCAGAACAUCCAUUUGUUUCUAUGGUACUACUUACAGUAACAAUGAUUCUUAUAGGACUUAUAGUGAUGUGGUGGAGUUCUGAAUAUGAUGACGAAUCAUUUUAA